AAGUUUUCCGCCAUUUUGAGUGUGGCCAAAAUUUUUCAGUCCGCGGGUCUUACAAGCCAAAAGUGGAGCCUAAGAAGGUCGCGUACAGUAACUACUAACCUAGACUCUAGGAAGCAACACCCAGAAGGUCUACGCCUCCUCACUCCCUCCCAAAGCUACCGACCUCCAGAAGCGCCUCUCCCAUUAGAGCCGCUGUUACUGUAUCGCCACACACCCCCCCCCCAUUGACCCGGAACUCUUCUCGGCCGAGUCUCAGGUCGCAGGCUUCCGCCUCCGCGCCUGCGCGAUAGGGUGACUUGGAUGCCGGCGGUCCCUGCCGAAAGAGGGAAGAUGGCGCUUGAUGGGCCAGAGCAGAUGGAACUGGAAGAGGGGAAGGCAGGCAGUGGACUCCGCCAGUAUUAUCUGUCCAAGAUUGAAGAACUCCAGCUGAUUGUAAAUGAUAAGAGCCAGAAUCUCCGGAGACUGCAGGCCCAGAGGAAUGAGCUAAAUGCAAAAGUUCGCCUGCUGCGGGAGGAGCUGCAGCUGCUGCAGGAACAGGGCUCCUAUGUUGGAGAAGUAGUUCGGGCCAUGGAUAAGAAAAAAGUGUUGGUCAAGGUCCAUCCUGAGGGCAAAUUCGUCGUUGAUGUGGACAAGAACAUUGACAUCAAUGAUGUGACGCCCAAUUGCCGGGUUGCUCUAAGGAAUGACAGCUACACUCUGCAUAAGAUCCUACCUAAUAAGGUGGACCCUCUGGUGUCACUCAUGAUGGUGGAAAAGGUGCCGGACUCAACUUACGAGAUGAUUGGUGGUCUGGACAAGCAGAUCAAAGAGAUCAAAGAAGUGAUCGAGCUGCCCGUGAAGCACCCUGAGCUCUUUGAAGCACUGGGUAUUGCACAACCAAAGGGAGUGCUCCUGUAUGGACCCCCAGGCACUGGGAAGACAUUGUUGGCCCGCGCUGUGGCUCAUCAUACGGACUGUACCUUUAUUCGUGUGUCUGGCUCUGAACUGGUACAGAAAUUUAUCGGGGAAGGGGCAAGGAUGGUGAGGGAGCUGUUUGUCAUGGCACGAGAGCAUGCUCCAUCUAUCAUCUUCAUGGACGAGAUUGACUCUAUCGGCUCCUCCCGGCUGGAGGGAGGCUCUGGAGGGGACAGUGAAGUGCAGCGUACCAUGCUGGAACUGCUCAACCAGCUGGAUGGCUUCGAGGCCACCAAGAAUAUCAAGGUUAUCAUGGCUACUAAUAGGAUUGAUAUCCUGGACUCUGCCCUGCUUCGUCCUGGGAGGAUCGACAGAAAAAUUGAAUUCCCACCUCCUAAUGAGGAGGCCCGGCUGGACAUUUUGAAAAUCCACUCUCGCAAAAUGAACUUGACCAGGGGGAUCAACCUGAGAAAAAUUGCUGAAUUGAUGCCAGGAGCUUCAGGGGCUGAAGUGAAGGGUGUGUGCACAGAAGCCGGCAUGUAUGCUCUGCGGGAACGGCGUGUCCAUGUCACUCAGGAGGACUUUGAGAUGGCAGUAGCUAAGGUCAUGCAAAAGGACAGUGAGAAAAAUAUGUCCAUCAAGAAGCUAUGGAAAUGAGGGUGUGUCCUUUGUGUGGAUCCCUCCAAUAAAGGUCUGUGCGGUAAA